AUGACCACGACGCGCAAGAUGGCCAUCAUCGGAGUCUUUGUUAUUGGUUACAGUGUCAUUGUCGUUUCCAUUGGCCGACUCAUUACAGUUCUUCUGACUGACUCGGUUGUUCAUCUGGCCUUCUGGGUUGGUGCCGAGGCGCCCAUCACCAUGCUGUGUAUUUGCUUGCCGCCCAUGACUGCGCUGGGCCGAUACCCGGCCAACAACUACUUUUCCAAGAUAUCCAGCAAAGUUCACUCUCUGUUUAGCACCAUCAAGGGCAGCAAAGGCACUGCGGCAUUGCGGAGUUACUCUGCACCGGAUUCGCAAUCUCAAAGUAUUGCGAUGAACUCGAGCUCUAUAAAAAAGAGCGUUGACAAUGACGGCCACAGCCUGGAGUCACAGGAGAGCUCUGCGCAGUUAUUUCCCCACAAAGACGAGCAUUAUUAUGCUGGCGCUAGAGCCUAUGUCUCUUACCUUCGCUCGGGUAUUCAUGGUACAACCCCGCGUCCCAACUCUGGCGAUGCUGCCAUUCGUGUAGACAGCGUUGUGACUGUCACGCAGCGUUUGAGAAAAUAG